AUGGCUGUGGAACUCUUCCCAUUCUCGCCUAGACAUCUCCAGUGUCUGACCUUGGCAGUCGCCAUCUUCGCCGCCAUCUUGUGUCGGCUGCCAUGCGCACUCACUCUUAACCUCGACGGUUCUCCUGGUUCCUAUGUGGAAUACCCACCAUGGGAACCGUGCUUGAACGGUUCCUUCUCCUUCGAGUUCCGCACUUCGGAACCGCUUUCUCUGCUGCUCUACCUCAACAGGGGGAGUUACUCUUACUUCGAGGUGAAACUUCUCAAAGGUGGGAUUCGGCUGAGGAUGAAUCUAGGGGAGAGAACCAUGAUCAUAAGGGCUGGUCAAAAUCUGAAUGACAACAAAUGGCAUUCGGUGGAGGUUGUCCAAGACGGCGACUUGACAACCUUGAUCGUGGACGGAAUUGAGCACAGCAAAACCUCAUCCGGGCUUUUGCACACAUACAACGGCUUAGCCAAUGAGACUUUCUUAUACCUCGGAGGUCUUCCUAUGGAAUAUGAGAGCAAAAAGUUUAACUCACUCGCUUUACCGUCCGUGAUCUUCGAGCCAAAAUUCCGAGGAUCAGUUAGGAACUUUUUCUAUAGGAGCUGUGGUGGCGAGGCGGUCAGGCCGCAGCCUUUGUCGUCUGCUGGUUUAUUAACGACAGACGUGGACCUGUGUGAGCGCGGGAACCCGUGUCUCAAUGGAGGCCGUUGCCUGACGACGGACAAUGGCGUCCUAUGCGACUGCACUGCUACGGAGUACAGGGGUGACCGGUGUGAUAUACAGAAAAUCCCGUCAGACGCCACCUUCAUGGGCACGCAGUAUUUCUCUUACAACCUGUCGUCCCGCGGUGACGUCAUGGUAGACCAGGACCGCGUCCGGCUGGACUUCCGGACGAAACAGGCCAAUAGCUUGCUCUUCUACACGGGAAACUCCAAGGACUACAUGACGGUUGGCCUCAUGGACGGGGCGGUGUUUCUGACCAUCAACCUGGGCUCAGGCAUGUACCAGGCCGAGAUACGGCCCAGUGGGACGCGCUUCGAUGACAACCGCUGGCACCAGCUGCUGAUACAACGAGAGGCCCGGGAGCUUCCUAGGGACGCAGGUGUUUGUUUUGUGACUAUGGAGUUGGACGGUAUGUACAGGAAACAGGGGAGCAUCACAGGAAAGUUCAUUCGCCUGUCUAGUAACCUUCUGUACGUCGCCGGGAGUCCCAACACAGAGACAUUGCCGGGCUCAAGGGUCAGAACCAAUUUCAAAGGAUGUCUAAGAAAGGUCCGCUACAGAGCAGACGGUGUCCUGCUCGACCUGACGGACCUAGCACGACGAGAGCACAGCCUGAUGCAGGUCACCGGUGACGUCAUUUUCGACAAAUGCCAGGAGCUGGUUGAGUCCCAUCCCGUGACCUUCACCUCGCCGGAGUCUCAUCUCACCAUCCCGACCUGGAGCAAGCCAGGAAUCAGAGGUUCUCUAGCUUUCCAGUUCCGCACUGUGGAGCCUGGGGGUCUCAUGAUGUACUCUAAUGGGGGAAGGGACUCCAAGGAUUUCUUUGCUCUGGAGCUACUGGAUGGUCAUCUCUAUUUGGUGCUGGACAUGGGCUCUGGGAUCCUCAAAAUUCAAGCAAGCAAACUUCCGGUGUCGGACGGCAGACCUCAUGACGUGUACUUUGAGUUCAAAGGUUACCGGGGCGACAUCUCUGUGGAUGGACAGAAAGUACCGUUUGCCUCAGGACGAGUCUCCGACCGCUUUGACCUUCACGGCUUUUUCUACGUCGGUGGACUAGGUUCAGAAAUCAAUGCGUCCUUGUUGCCGCGAGAGUUAUGGGCCGUGAUGCUGGGCCUCUCUUACGUCGGCUGUCUGCAAGAUCUGGUGCUGGACGGAAGCAAAGUAGAUCUGCUCGCAGCUGCCAGACUGCAGAAUAAAUCGGAUGUGGCUGGGUAUUGUAAGCAGCAUUUUCACGGGACACAAUUCGUUCUGUCCGUUGGUCACCGACUGAACGAUGACCGUUGGCACACCGUGUUCAUCCGGCGUCGUGUCCAAACCGUGGAACUGGCCAUAGACUCAGACAGACCAGUCAUAGACCAGCUACCGGGUAGCACCUUCUCUUUGGCCACUAACUACAUUUUUGUGGGUCACAAAAACCCGCCUGGGACCGAAGUCGCCGACCUGCCCGGCCGGGCGAGAGAACUGGGACUGAGCAGUGUGGAGGCGGGUCACAUGGUGCAGGACGACAGCGGAGCGGGCACUGGUCACUCCGGCAGUGACCACUCGGGAUUCAUCGGCUCCAUGCAAGCCUUCAUCUUCAACAACAACCACUUCUUCCAGAUGGCCAAAUCAGGGACGGGCGACAACAUCGAGAUCUCAGCUCGCUUCAGCUCGGACGAGUACGUGGUCCGCGACCCGGUGACCUUCAAAUCUGUGGACGCCUUCGCCAUUCUGCCCACACUGCAGGCCCAUGAGGAGUUCUCUGUCUCGCUACAGCUCAAGACCACGGAGAGCGACGGCCUCAUCCUCUACAACGGGGGCAACGAGAACGACUUUUUCGCCCUGGAGCUGUUCCAGGGCUUUCUCUACUACGUCUACAAUAUGGGCGAGGGUGCUCAGAGGGUCAAGGCUAACGUGCAACAUCCCAUUAAUGACAACAAGUGGCAUGAGGCUCGUAUAUUCAGAGUUGAGAAGUUCACACAACUGCUGCGAGUUGACGACAACACCCCCACAGUGGACGACCUCACAGGAACCAAAAACAACCGCUUUGACCUGGACGGGUUCCUGUACAUUGGCGGUGUGCGGAAGACCAUGUACCCAUCUCUGCCCAAGCUGGUCUACUCUCGCCACGGUUUUGUCGGCUGUCUGGGCUCUCUCAACUUGAACGGUUAUCUGCCGAAUGUACUGAGGGAGGCCAACCCUAUACACGAGUCUGUGGGGGAUGGAUGUAGAGGCCCCAUGAGUAAGUGUGUGAACGACUCGUGCGCGAACCAAGGCCGGUGUGUGCAGCAGUGGACAUCCUACAAGUGCGACUGUGAUAUGACGUCAUUCACUGGACCCAUGUGCAAAGAUGAAAGUGUGUCCUACAAGUUUGGGCCCGGGCCCGGUCUCAUGACCUUUGCCCACCUAGCUGAUCACGAGCCGUCCACAAACUUCGACAAUCUGGCCUUUGGUUUCAAGACCUUUCUGUCACACGCCAUCCUUCUCCGGAUGGACAGUCGGGCCUACGACGACUUUAUACAGAUUGAACUGGCUGACGGCUACGUUUACUUGGUCUACAACAUGGGCUCCUUUGACCACCCUCUUGGAGACUUCUACCAUAAGGUCAAUGACGGUCAGUAUCACGUGGUACGCUUCACCCGGGCCGGACCUAACGCCACCCUCCAGAUCGACGCUGAUAUGCCGCAGACCAAGCAUCCAACAGGCAAACAAGCCCACACUUUCAACAACCAAGCUUUCGUGCGAAUCGGCGGGACGAAGGUGGAAAACGGCAGUAUUACACAGCAUUUUGAAGGCAUCAUAUCAAGACCGCCCCAACUGUACACAGACGAUGAAGAUUUGGACGAGAUGCAGUCAACACAAGGCCACACCACGCCCAGGGACGGGGUCACUGAUGACGACAUCAUCCAGGCCGGGGCGGGGUCGGGUUGCCAGUUUGACAACUCGGAGGACUGCUCGGCGGUGGGUUCUGGCAUAGAGGAGAUCAUCACGCCCGUCGUCAUUGUGAAGACCACCACCCCGCCACCCACCACAACCCCCAAGCCCGUCCCCAAAUGUCAAGGUGAAGGCUGCGAGACUUCCUCCCAGCUCCGUCAACGCCCCGACCCCUCCCUUCCCUCCUCCACCCUCUCUCCCUCUGGCUCCGGCCAUGACUACGGAGGGGAUGGUGGGGGCAACGGCGACAUUGAUUACGUGGGUGGUAGUGGGGAGAUUGAGCCCACAGACAAUAGAGACGGGUACCACGGGCACUUUGACAAGUCGACAACGAAACCUGGGAAGACUACUGAUGACGAUGAUGACGACGAUGGAGUGAACUUGGUUUUGAUCCUGGGCAUUACGGGCAGUGUUCUCCUGGCUGUAAUCGUCCUUUGCAUUGUCCUGUGCAAACUCCGAGGACGAGAUGAGGGCACAUACAAAGUCGAUGAGACACAGAACUUCUCAGCGCUUCAGUCCAAGAAAUCUCAAGGCAACGGCUCUCUGGCGUCGGGCGGGGAGUCAUGUACAGGGAAAAGAGGCAAGAAGAAAGAUGUGAAAGAGUGGUAUGUGUGA